GUGAGCGCUGGGGCUGGAUGUGCGCCUGCGCGAGUGUGUCGCGCUAACUCAGAUUCGCGGCGCUCGCUCUACUCGAGGGGCUGCGGGACUCCGGGCGGCGAGAGGACUGCGGCGAGUCGGUGAGAGUCCAGGCUCCGUCACACUCGCCUCGCGGUGAGUCGGACACAGUAGCGCUUUCCUGACGCGUGUGAGCCCACUGUGCCGCCGCCGCCCGAGGUCACAGUGGGUGCCGCUGCCGGCGCGGCCCUCCCCCACCGCGGCUGAGAGCGCCCGCGGCCCCUCGAGGCGCGGUCCCCAGGGAGGAGCCCGCCGCCGGGUGGUGUUUGCUCCAAGGGGGAGCAAAGCCUUCUCCCCUUCCGGCUCCACUGAGUGUAACCGAGAGAGACGCGUUUGCCUACUGGGGCGAAGUCUUUAGAUAAAGUCUCGCUAAAUUGCUGCUAAAUUGGGCUCCAACCUGCGAUCAUCCUGCUUCAGCCUCCUAGAGUGCAGGGAUUACAGGCAUGUGCCAUCACAGCAGGCUAUACCUUUUAGACUGGUUUUUAAUGUGAAUAUUAUUGCCAAUCAAGAGACACUAAAAUAAGGUGAUCCUACAGAAGCUAACCUAACUGAAGAAAUAUUAUCAGUGUUUAUAGUUCACAUUGGAAGCAGAACCUAGAGACAAGAUUUUAUUUUAAGCAGUUUUGAUGACAGAAAAAAGACAGUCUUACAGUGUUGGGGAAGCAAUGGAGCAACUCACAGGACCUGAUAGACAAAAAUGGGCCAACAUGGACCCAGAAGAAAGAAUGUUAGCAGCUGCCACAGCUUUUGCCCAUAUCUGUGCAGGGCAGGGUGAGGGAGAUGUCAGGAGAGAGGCCCAAUCUAUCCAGUAUGAUCCCUACAGUAAAGCUUCAGUAGCCCCAGGGAAGCAACCUGCUCUUCCUGUGCAACUGCAGUACCCACAUGUAGAAAGCUCUGUCACUUCACAAACAGUCUCAGAGGCCUCUCAAAGACUCCGAAAGCCAGUGAUGAAGAGAAAGGUGCUGCGCAGAAAGCCAGAUGGGGAAGUAUUAGUGACAGAUGAGUCAAUUAUCAGUGAAUCAGAGUGUGGCACAGAAAGUGAUGCAGAUCUCUGGGACUUAAAACAAAGGCUGAUGAAUCUGCAGUUCCAGGAAGACAGGGAGUCCCCAGUGGAUAGUCUGCAAAAAUUUGAUCAGCCACAUGAAUACCAAGGGAUUUCACAAGAUCAGUUCAUUUGUUAUCUACGAGGAGAGGGAUCGGGCCCUCCAGCUUAUGAACAAGACCUGAUUGUUGCCAGCAGACCCAAGUCCUUUAUUCUUCCACGGCUGGACCAAUUAAGCCGAAAUCGGGGCAAGACAGACCGGGUAGCCCGAUAUUUUGAAUAUAAAAGGGACUGGGACUCAAUGCGGUUGCCUGGUGAAGAUCAUAGGAAGGAGGUACGGUGGAGUAUCCGAGAAAGGUUUCUUUCCCGACCAGAACCCCAGCCUAAGCCUCAACAUGUCUAUGUUCCAAACAAUUACAUAGUACCAACUGAGAAAAAAAGAUACGCCAUUCGUUGGGGUGUUCGUUGUGACCUUGCAAAUGGUGACAUGCCCAGGAAGCUUCCCUUCCCUUUUUCUUCUUAAGUCUUUUUAAAAAACCUGCCUCUCCUGCUACAGGAUUAGUUAGGAUAUCCUGGUUCUUCAUCCCUUUCCUUUUAAAUAAAAACAACUGCCUUAAAAAGUUCACAGAACAUUAUAUAGAAUAAGGACUUCACCCACCAUUAGUCUUCCCCUGCUGUGUAUCAUAUAACUAUCAGAUACAACUUAACUUCCAAAUUACCGCUCUCAAAUACAGAAAUUACAGGAAAAACUUACCUGGUCUUCCUCUGUUGUCAAAUUAGUAAGCACUGUUUUGUAUUUGACAGCUGCCUCACUUUGGGCCAAUGUGAGUACUGUGUUUUAAUGUGGUUUAAAGCUGGUGGGCAUUAAGUUUAUCUAUUAAAGAAUUUUGGAAACUCA